AUGUGCAAAAAGAAUGCCAAAGUUGACUGCUUCUAUCCAAGAUUCUUUAUGUUGUUGUUGAAUGACAAGAUGUCUCAAGAAGACAAGAUGUUCUACAUGAACUCACCAGUGGCUCCUAUAUCUAAGUCUUGUACUAAGCUCAUGAACAGACUUACAGCAGCCAAGAAGCAUGAUUUGGUUCCUGUCACAGUCACUCCAUUCAUGCUGGAACAGUUCAAUGCACAGUUACAGCCAUAUCAGCUACAAGUGGCACCACCUCCUCAACCACUGCAACAACUUCAACCAGGAGAACCACUUCCCCCAUUUCAACCUCAACAAGAACAACCUCAACAACAACCAGAACUAGCACAAGAAAUGCAACAACAACAUCAACUUCAACCACUUCUUCUCAUCCAAGACUACCAAUCCUCUAGCCAAUCCUCACACUACUCUCCAUACCAAUCACCUUAA